AUGAGAAGCAUGAAUCAACACCUAUUGAGAGAAUUAGAAGUUCAUUCCACCGUUCCGUUUAAUUGUUUUGUUGGUUCACUGAAUGGUUUGAUCUGUCUUGUCGGAAACCCAACUGAAGAACAACCUCAUGAACCUAUUUAUAUCUUUAACCCUGUCAUUAAAGAAUAUGUCAUGCUUCCAGAAAUCAACACAAAUUAUUCUUAUGAUGUUUUCUGGACAAGUGGAUUUGGUUAUGUUUCUGCAACCAAUGAGUACAAAGUGGUAAAAAUAUAUAUAUCGAAGACCAAGGUUGUUAAAGUCUGCAUAUACACUCUUGGUAGUGGUAAUGGAUGGAGAAACCUAGGAGAUUUCAAUCCGUCUUUCGCCCCGUCUCCUUGGGCACAAGGUGUUUUUGCCAAUGGAGCUCUACAUUGGAUGGGCGUUGAAUUAGAUAUGAUUGUGACUUUCAAUUUGGCCGAGGAAAAGUUUUGCCAACAUCUUUCACCACCUCCUUCGUCACCGGACGAUUGGCCUUUUAAUAGAAUAGGGGUUCUGGAUGGAUUUUGGUUUUUUGAUAAUUUUCUAACAAUCGAAGAAGACCCUUAUUAUGACAUAUGGCUUUCAAAAAGGAAGAAUGAUGAUCAUGAUAUGAAAGUGGGAGAGAAACAUCUGUCUCCGGGUUGGAGUAAAGAGUUUCGGGUUGAUGAUAAUGAAUUACUAGCCGUUACGAAGAGUGGAGUUGUUUUAACAUACACUGAUAACUCUCUCAACAUUUACAACACAAAAGCUUCAACCUCGAAAAGGCUUGUGGAAUUUAAGGAACGGAUUCGGACAGUAUUCCCUCACAAGAACACCUUAGUGUCACUGAAAGAAUUAGGGGAAGAAGGUACGAAGAUAAUGGAGUUCAUUGAAAUUGAGGAGACCGAAAGCCUUGAUCAGCCUUUGAAGCAGCAAUAG